AUGACCAAUUGCUAUUAUUAUUUUUUUUUCUUUUCCCAAAUGUUUCACCUUCCUUUUUUUCUGUUUUAUGGAUUCUUUAAAUGCUUCACUAGACUCAUUUCUUUCAUUCUUUAUUUUUAUUCUCUUCUUUACACAUCUCUUUUUAUUUCACCAUUUUGUGAAUUUUUCUCUCUCUUUCUAAAUUAUUUUUUAGUUUGUUCUUGUCUUCCUCCCACCAAUCCCUUUACCUAUUUACUUUUAUCUCUCCUAUCCUCGAUUUCUCUUUCUUCCUUAUUUUCUUGGCUUUUUCUUCUCUUCCCACCACCACUCUCUUUCUUUGAAUAUUUCUCUCUCACUAAUUUUCUUAGCUUGUUCUUAUCUUCCUCCCACCAAUCCCUCCACCUAUCGCUCCUUUCCUUGAUUUCUCUUUCUGCCUUAUUUUUUUGUUUCUUUUCCUCCCCUUCCUCAGUGUCUCUGCUUUUCUCCCAUUAUUCUCUCCUUUCCUUAAUUAUUUACCCCCAUUUCUGCCUUAUUUCCUUCGUCUCUUCUCCUCCUCCUUCCUCCAAUCUCUCCAGCUAUCUCUUCAUUUCUCGUUCUUUGAAUAUUUCUCUUUUUCAAAAAUCAUCCACUUUCAGAUUGACUUUCUUUUCUUUGACUUUUACUUAG